AUGACUUACCUAAAGCAAAAAGAAGCAAAAAGAAAAAGAAACCUGACAAAUAUUUUUGCACAUUCUGCAAAGUGUACAGCAACUCACAGAAAUACAAAGUCAAUGCAUAUGAGAAGACAUGCAAGCAAAGAACUCAACUGCCUCUUCUUCUUCUGUGUCUGUUUUCCCCCCGCUACUGCUUCUACAUCUGCCUCUGUUUUUGAUGACGACAUUGAUGUGGACACAGUUGACGACUACUACUUUGAAGACAGCUUGAACAAUGUACCUGAUGACGACCUUUCUAUUGCUGCUUAUCCCCAAGACCCUCCUUUUUCUGAAAAUGAUGAACAUUCCUCCAGUUCUGACUUUGAUGACGAAAAUGAGGAUUUUUACGAGGAGAUGACCGAUAUGUUUUAUGCCCUUGAUGAAACUUCUGCUGGUUUUGACACAACUGCUAACAACAUCGCUCCUUUUGAUGGCUUGGCCGGGAUAGAAGAAAUUGUAUCUAAUCUCGAUGGAUCUGAAAAUACUGCCGACAAUGAUUACCAGAAGGUUACAAGAACUAAUAUGCGUAUAGGGAUAUCUGGCAUAUUUCUCGUCAAUACAGUCAAUGGAACGAACUCAUUCUUCGGAAUGAUUACAAGAGUGGACAGGGAUAACUAUACUAUCCAAAAAUACGGCAUAGAAACAUUUGACCUUGCAAUUUCUUCCCGUUAUUUUUGUAGUUACAGAAGUCCUUUAUUCUACCAGUUUCUGAUCACACUAGACAAUAACCUAUUUAUGAAAUCUAUUGAAGAAACUGAGUUUUUUAAAGAAAACAUUCAGCUGACGCAACCCUUUUACAUGCAUUCCAAGUUCCAUCCCACAGGUUAUGCUGAACGCAGGUUACUGAAUGUUCACAAGUUUGGCAGUCUUUGCUUGCACCUUACUAUAGCCAAUGAGCGCUCUGUAUUUGAAAUUUGGAGAAAUAAUUACCAUAAACAGAUCAAAAGUCUUUGGGUGUGGAGAAGACGUUUGGUACUACUCAAAAUCUUGUUGAGUAAUGGUGCUCUUCAGCAAUGUUGCUCUUUAGAGGACCAGGUUCACAAGUAUUUAAAGCUAGAUAGCAAGCUCUCUAAUGUUGGCCUCGUAGGAUUAGCAUUUGAUUUUUUGAAACAUUUACCAAAUAUCAAAGUAUGA